CGGGGGGCGGGGCCGGGCGCGGCGAUGGCGGCGGCUCCGCGGUGGCGGGAGCGGCUCUUCGCCCUCUAUUUCAUCUCGCACAUCCCGAUCACGGCGCUCAUCGACCUGCAGCCGCUGCUGCCCGCCGGGAUCGCGCCGCGGGCCCUGACAGACCUGUUGCAGCAGUAUGCAACUGCCUUCAGGGACCCCUUGAUGCUGCAGCCCCCAGAGUGGUUCAAGGCGUUCAUCUACUGUGAAGCCUUUCUCCAGCUGCCCUUCUUCCCCAUCGCUGCCUACGCCUUCCUGAAAGGUGGCUGCAGAUGGAUCAGGACUCCUGCCAUUAUCUACUCCACCCACGUGGCCACCACUCUGUUUGCCAUCCUGGCCCACAUCCUGUUCCACGACUUCUCCAAGUCGGAGCACGCGGGCCCUCAGACGCUGCGCGAGCGCCUGGUGCUGCUCUCCAUCUACCUGCCCUACCUGCUGAUCCCACUGCUGCUCCUGUUCACCAUGCUCUGCAACCCCCACUACAAACACGUGGAGAAGAGGAAAAGGAAGUAGCUGGCUCUGGAGGUCGUACACACCACACCUGUGCUGCAUCUGGUUCCGACCCUGCGCUGGCAGAGUCCUCUGGGACAAACGUCUCCCUCGUGUUGGCUGCACUGGCUGCUGCAAGGAAAAUGGAAUUGGUUGGAGUGCACAGCCCUGCUUCGAUCACACACAGCUCUGGCAGGGCCCUGGGCCAGCCUGGGGUCGGGUCUGUGCAGGGCCUCUGUCCCAGGAAAAUGGUUUUUUAACCCUUUGAUGUGUAACUCUGUGAGGGGACACACACACACUCACUCACACCGCAGCUGAUACUGUUCUUCCAAGGUCCUUUUUCCCAAGAUGACUGUUUGGAAACCACUCAAGUAGGAAAUCUGUCUUCCAACCACAUAUUCUGAAGAAUCCCCAACCCAUUACACACAGAUUUGCAAAGCUGUUCUUUUGAAGCAUUUCGAAUCCUAUCAUGAUUCUUAACGUCCUUGCCCCUUCCUUUAAAAUUUCCACUGCCUUUGCUCUGCUUCAUUUUGAUUAAUUAUAAAUGUCUGAUCAAUAAUAAAUGUGCCAAAAUCUGGA